AAGGAAAAAAGAAAUAACACAAGUGCACGUUCAGAAGUUGAAACCCUAAGAAACUAAACCACCACCGUUUCCUCUCUAAACCACCGCCGCCGCCGCUGCGACAAAUUCACCACAUUCUCAGAUUGAAGAUUUUUCAGAAUCUAUGAACAACGAGAUUUCAGGUAUGAAAACAGAGAAAGAAGAAGAACAAGUUCUGAAUAAUAACAAUCUUUCUCCAACGAGUAACAAAAAACGAAAGAGAAAACUGAGUAAGCAGAGGAAGAAGAUGAAGAAGAAAUUAGCAACACAACAAAAUGAUACUAGUUUGAACAGUAACAUUAUUUCUGAGUUAACUAACUCUGCGCAAGAAGAUAGGCCAGAGGAUUUGCAAAUACCUUCCAUUGGAAAAUCUAUUGGAUGUUUGAAGAAGAAGCUUCUUGUUCUUGAUGUUAACGGGCUUCUUGCUGACAUAGUUUCACAUCCUUACCCAAAGAAUAUAAAAAGAGAUGCAAUGAUAGCCAAGAAAGCAGUAUACAAAAGGCCAUUUUGUAGUGAGUUUCUGAACUUUUGCUUCGAGAAUUUUGAUGUGGCUGUGUGGUCUUCAAGAAUAGAGUACUCUUCAACUUCAACUUUGUUCUAUAUAAUGUCACUCAACAGCUAUCUUGUUCUCAAUUUGUCUGCAUUUAUCUUUCAGUUGCUGCCCCUUUUUUCAGGGACCUAUUCUGUGAGCAUUUCACAAUGUACUGUGACAAAUAUCAGUACUCUUGAAGACAAGCGCAAGACAGUGGUGUUUAAGGAUCUGAGAAAAAUUUGGGAUAAGUACGAUCCGAAUCUUCCUUGGGAGAAGGGGUACUACAAUGAAUCAAAUACAUUGCUUUUGGAUGACUCUCCCUACAAGGGGUUACUUAAUCCUCCAUACAACUCAAUCUUUCCACACUCAUUCACUUAUCGGAAAAAGAAGGACAAAUCACUAGGUGUUGGAGGUGAAUUACGACAAUAUCUAGAAAAGUUGGCAAAAGUUGAAGAUAUGGUGAAGUAUGUAGAGAAGCACCCACAUGGUCAAAAGCGUAUCAGUGAAACAAAUGAAUCUUGGGACUUUUACCUCAAGAUUCUUUCUUUGGUUGAACCUAAAGAGUGAAAAUCAAGUGCCUUUCAACUAAUAUAUCAGUUUAUGCACUCUGUCGGCGGCUGAAUAAUCCAGAAGGUUUGUUUGAAGAAAUUGAGACGUAGAAGGCUCUUCUUCUCUCUGAUUACCUCUAUCUCUAAUCAAUGAUUCAGAACUGUGUAUAGAAGGAUCUUCCUCUCUCUGAUACCCUCUUAACUUUAAUCAAUGGUAAAAAACUAUGUAUUUUUGCAUGAUUGCUUAUGAGGCCCUCCUUUUCAAGUGCAUCACUAUUGUAUUUUGAUUAUGGAUUUUCCCCCUUUUGGAUUAAAUGUACAAGGGGUGAAGCAUUCUAAAAAUAUUCUUGUUAGUUUAUUGGUUGAAUUUUAUUGAAAUUUUUUUAAGUGAAUUUCCUA